AUGGCCGAUCUUCCAAGUUUAGACAAAGCUCCAGAAGAUGUGGAGAACGAUGACUGCCUGCCCACCUACACCCAUCUCUACAACCCAGUUCUCCUCCAGGGCAGAGUGGCCUUUAUCACAGGAGGGGGUUCAGGGAUCGGUUUCCGAAUUGCUGAAAUAUUCAUGAGGCAUGGCUGCGACAUCGUGAUUGUUAGCAGAAACCUGCCAAAGCUGAAAGAGGCAGCUGAGAAAUUACAAGCAGCAACAGGCCGGCGCUGUCUUGCUGUGGCUGGUGAUGUCCGUCAGCCUCAGAGCCUGGUGGACGCUGUGGAUGAAGCCUUGAGAACUUUCUCCAGAAUAGAUAUCCUUGUAAACAAUGCGGCUGGGAAUUUCCUCUGCCCGGCCAGCAACUUGUCCUUCAACGCUUUUAAGACCGUCUUUGAUAUUGACACAAUGGGCACUUUCAACACCAGCAAGAUUGUGUUUGAGCGCUACUUCAGAGACCAUGGCGGUGUCAUUAUAAAUAUCACAGCAACAUUGAGUUACAAGGGACAGGUCCUGCAGGUGCAUGCCGGCAGUGCUAAGGCAGCCAUAGAUGCCAUGACAAAGCACUUGGCAGUGGAGUGGGGUCCUAGUAAAGUGCGAGUGAACAGCUUGGCACCCGGCCCUAUUGUUGGCACGGAGGGAAUGCGCAGAUUGGGUGGAGCAGCCGCAGAAGCAGCCGGUGUAUGGAAUAAUAUUCCUCUGCAACGACCAGGCAAUAAAACGGAGAUUGCACAUGGAGCCCUCUUUCUGGCCAGCCCUUUGGCAUCCUAUGUAACUGGGACAACCCUUGUAAUGGAUGGUGGAUCGUGGAUGACCUCGCCUAAUUACCUACAAGCAACGCUGGGUACCACUCCUUCUCACCUUUAG